CUUCUCCCCAACACCCAACACUCCCUCCCUUAUCUUCCUCCACCAAUUGUGAAAAAACCACCAGAGAAACAGAGAAACUAAGGAGGACACUUCAUAUUUCUCUCUGGUUCCAAUCCAAUCCAAUGGCCUCCCUCUCUGUUCCCAAGCACCCAGCCUUCCCCUCUCUACUUCCCACCCAAACUCCCAAACACUACCCAUCUUCUCAAACCCUCCCAAUUGUCUCCAGCUCUUCACAUUCCCAGUUCUAUGGCCUCAAGUUCUCCACUUCUUCCACUCUGCCAAUCCCUUCAUCUUCCUCUGGCAAGAUGUUCAUUUCUGCUAAGGUGGACAAGGGUAAGGUUCCUCCAGCCUUCACAUUGAAAGAUCAGGAUGGAAAGACAGUGAGCCUCUCCAAGUUCAAGGGAAAGCCUGUGGUUCUAUAUUUCUACCCUGCUGAUGAGACCCCUGGCUGCACUAAACAGGCUUGUGCUUUCAGAGAUUCUUAUGAGAAGUUUAAAAAGGCCGGUGCCCAGGUUGUCGGGAUUAGUGGUGAUGACCCCUCAUCACACAAGGCUUUUGCAAAGAAGUACAAACUUCCAUUCACAUUACUAAGCGAUGAGGGCAACAAGCUGAGGAAAGAAUGGGGAGUGCCGUCGGAUCUGUUUGGGACAUUGCCCGGGAGGCAGACAUAUGUUCUGGACAAGAAGGGGGUGGUUCAACUCAUCUACAACAAUCAGUUCCAACCAGAGAAGCAUAUCGACGAAACUCUCAAACUACUUCAAGGCCUCUAAAUUAAUUCUCGUCUUUUUAGCUGCUUGUGUUUCCAUCCCUAUGUCCAUUAUAUCUCCACAAAACAGGGUUAGCAAGUAGUUGUUUUUGUAUAAUCCAAUCUAGUUAUAACUAAUGGCAACUAUGCCCUAUAAGGCAAACUACUGUGAUAUUUGUUAGCAAUGAAGUGAGAUGUUAUUUGUAA